AUGGACGUCGUCGCCGCGGCAUCACCAAAUAUUUACUUGCAAGACCUGGUGAGUUUUGGGCGCGGGAUCCUCCGCCAAGGGAUAGUCAUCCAGGACGCUACGGUGAAGAACAGCUCUCUCCCCGUCGAUACCUUCGAGAUUCUCCUCAUCGACAACUCUGUCGUGUAUAAGAACGCUCGGGACAUCAGGGUGCUCGACAGAAGCCACUUGUACCCCGGUCAGGUGGUCGGGUCGGCAUGCGACAUCACCGGCCAAAUCGGUGUCGUCAUCGGCGUCACCACCCUGCUGGACCUGGCCGAGGUGGAUAACCGGGGCAUGGCGACCGGGAUCAUCAAGGGUGUGUCCCCGUCUAGCCUGCGGCGAGUCAGAAGCCUCAAUCUUGGGGACUUCGUCGUGUCCGGGCCGUGGCUCGGCCGAGUUGUCGAGGUGUCUAUCGAUGUCGAUAUCUUGUUCGACGAUGGCGCUGUUUGCAGGGUUAACGACGCAAACUCCAAGAUGCUACGGAUACUGGAUGACACCGACAACCGAUACCGCAUUCAAAUGAACUGUGACUUCUACCCGGGGCUGAGCGUCACCGGGGGAAACCCUCGUUCCCUCUUCAAAACGGCACGGUGGCUUAAUGGCUACUGGAAUCCCCGUCGCGACGUAGGCACCGUCCUCAAGGUGGAUACAUCCGGCGUUCUCGUCUACUGGAUUGCGUCGAUGCAUUGUGGCACGGACAAGGAGCUCGUCGAGGCAUCCGCUCCGCCAGCGUACCAGCAUCCUGAUGACCUGACCUUCUUCUGCGCCGCGUGCAUUUGCAGCUGGGGUGUAGCUGACCAUUGCUUCUUUAGAGCCCCUAGUUCCACCAAAACCAACGAUGAUAAUGUACCGCCCACGCCCACGAAGCAGAAUGCUGUGAUAUUUUAUCGGAAGCAGAUGAGGAAUGUCUUCUUCAAGGGGCACAGACGGAAGCGACACCAACAAAUAAGGAGGCAUGUGGAGGUGGAGUUUCCCAUGACCGUCGCUAGCACCAUCACCACUGUCGACGUGCUAUGGCAGGACGGCACCCUGCAGCAUGGCAUACCUUCAGCGACCCUCGUCCCCUUUGGUAUGGUGAAUGAGCAAGAGUUCUUACCAGGACAACACGUCAUUGAAAAUGGUCUUUCUUUCGAUACUGCCACUGAUACUAAUGGCGAGUAUAAUGACGCGACAAGGCGUGUGGGCAUAGUCAGGAGCCUAGAUUGCAAGGACCAAACGGUGUGUGUGUCAUGGUUCAAGGCGGAGAUGUGCACUGACGAGGCUAGGGAGGUCGAGAGCAUUGAUACGAUGAGUGCAUAUGAUCUCAAACUGAAUUACUCACCCUACUACGGAGAUAUAGUAGUACGCCUUAUACAGUCAGAAGUAACGAACUCGAAUGUUGACCUUUCGUGGGUGGGGCGUGUUGCUGACCUUCUUCCUGAUGAACACGUCCAAGUCAGGUGGGCUGAUGGUAGUAUGUCAAAGGUGUCACCACAUGAGAUCGUUGUGGUUAACGAGGAGCACUACAUGGAGUUGUGGACUGAAAUGGGCGAUUGGUUGGAGGAUGACGGCAUCGAUGAAGAGGUUGCCAACACGGACAAUGAUCUGCAGAACCCAGCUGAUUAUAGCGAUGUCGAAAAUGACGACCCAGCAAAGAUGACGACAAGCCUUUUGGGUCUUGUAGUCCAGUCUUCGCUUCCAUUGACCGGUGACAUGGUGACCAAUCGCCAGCCGCCGCCGUCAUCCUUGGUGCCAAGCUCAGAGAUCACCCCUGAGGAUCACCAUUACAUUGAUGACGCAAACAAGGGUGGUAGUCGUGGGAAGAAUUGGGCCAAGGCAGUGCAAAAGGAAUGGCAAAUUCUAGAGAACGAUUUACCAGAAACCAUCUAUGUACAAGUGUUCGAGGGCCGCAUGGACCUGCUCCGGGUGGUGAUGGUGGGCGCGAGCGGGACACCAUACCAUCAUGGGCUCUUCUUCUUCGACUUACAGCUACCCUCGUCCUACCCGGCUGAGCCACCCCAAGUGUAUUACCACUCCUAUGGCCUACGCCUCAAUCCAAACCUCUACGAGUCUGGUACUGUGUGCCUCAGCCUGCUAAACACGUUUGAUGGCGAGGGCACCGAGCUUUGGUCGUCGGUGACAUCAAGCCUCCUCCAGGUUGUUGUCUCCAUACAAGGCCUCGUCCUCAACGACCAACCAUACUACAACGAGGCCGGAUAUGAGACCCUAGUCGGCAAACCAGAGGGUCGUCGCAAUGCGCUGCCCUACAAUGAGAAUGCUUACAUGCUCAGCCUUCGGACCAUACUCCAUGUGUUGCGCCGGCCGCCUCAAGGAUUUGAGGAAUUUGUCAAGGACCACUUUCGUCGACAGGGAAGGUUUGUGCUCACGACAUGUGAUGCGUGCCUGCGAGGAUGCGUUGUCGGUAAUGCCCAUGCCACCGAAGCGAGUAAGGGACAGCCAUGCUCAGCCGGGUUAAAGAUUGCACUCGCCAACAUGUUGCCUAUCCUUGUGGCAGCUUUCACAGAGAUUGGGGCCCAAGGGUGCGAAGAGUUUAAGAAGUUAUAUGCUCUCAGCACUGCUUAG